AUGGACACAAGAAAAUAUAAAUAAUUAUCAAGCAAAACAGAGUAUGUUCCUAAAAAUUAUAAUGAUCAAAUUCUUGAAGAAUAAGACACAAUCCUCAAAUAUGAUAAAAUAAAAAACGAUUAUAAAUAUUUAGAUGCUACCAUCUUUAAUCUUUGUGAGAAGAUUGCUAUAGGAAAUAAACUUUAAGAAUUAUAUUUUACAAAUUAAUAACAAUCAUUAAAUAAAUCAUCCUUGCCUAAAUUUUUUAAGUUUUAUGUGCAUAAUACAGGUUUUUUUAUGAUCAUUAAUUAUUAGCUCUUGUUCCGAUUUUUUGUUUUUCUAUUGUAUUAAUGAAGUGGAGAAAAACACUCACAUUACAUAAAACAGUUCUAUUAUUAUGUGGAUUAUCUUUAACUAAUGAAUUUUUCAAAUACUAAAAUUGUAUAAGGAUGGAUGAAAAUUUAGCUAAAGCUUAUUAAGACCAUACAUAAGCAUAUGAUGAUCUCUUUGGAAACCUCAUCUAAACAUUAACAUUUAAAGAUGUUAUGAGACUCCUCUUUAACAUUGAUUUUACAAAAGAAAAAUUACAAAGUGAAUCACACUAUGAUAAUCUCUUAGUUGAAGAUUUUGCAAUGAAUUAUUAUUGA